AUGUCGGACGUAGACUUCCCGUUGACGCCGUUCGAGCAGAAGGCGCGCACGCACGGAUACCUCGCGUUCUUUGGCUUCUUCGUCGCGCUCCCCAUCGGUGUCGGCGUCGCGCGCUACCUCCGCACCUUCUUUGGAGGAUGGCUCUAUGCGCAUAUCUUCAUCAACUUCAUCGUUAGCGGGCCGCUCAUCUUUGCUGGGUUCGCUCUCGGGCACCAGACGACGACUAUGAGCGGGUUGCCGCAUUACAAGGACCCGCAUCAGAAAGGAGGACUCGCCCUUCUCAUCCUAUACCUCAUUCAACUCCUCAUCGGCGUAUUCAUCCACUGGGUCAAGAUCCCACGCGUCUUCACCGCUCUGAACGGGCACCGUCCUCAAAACCUCAUCCAUAUCGCUCUCGGCCUCGCAAUCCUUGCUCUCGCCUCAUGGCAGACGCACUACGGUCUCUACACCGAAUACGGCUUCGCCACAGGCAACCUACACCCCAUCCCUCAAGGUUUCAAAUCCUUCUGGAUCGCGAUGGUCGUCAUCGUGUGGGUUCUGUACGCUGCCGGACUGGGCCUGCUCCCGCGCCAGCUCCGCUUCGAGAGGGCGGCUCUGAGUGAGAACAAGGAUAAGGAGAUGAGGUUGGCUGAUCGGAGCUCGCCCGCCGCUGCGUAA